UCAAAAACGUGAUACCCACCUGCCCAGAAUCCAUAAAUGAUGGCUACAAAAGAGAACCCCACCUGAGGGAGGCAGAGAGGAACACAUACCCUGUUCAGAACUUUGCUUUCGCUUAAAAAAACACAAGAUGAGAGCCACGGGAUCACUAGUUACGUUUAAUCAGAAGAUUAUGCGGCGUUGUAAGAACCUCCUGAUCAGAAUCACCAAGACCUGUCCCAGACGCCAUUACCGGCAACUGAAACUCGAGAAAGAUUCUUCUUCUUCUUCCUCAUCAUCAUCAUCAUCUGGGAAGAAAGCCACAAAAGUGUUGGCUUCAUUCUUCCUCUCUUUCCAGAAGAAGAAGCAGAAGAAGGAAAAGAUGAAGCGACUUAACGAACUCAGGAGUUUCUCGGAUGCCGUCAGUGAUAGGAAGGCAUCAAACACUACUGAAUCAAGAACGAAAGUAUUCCCAUCUAAUGUCACGCCGUCUUGGCUUCGUCAAGGUCAAGAAGUCUCACAAGGUCAUGAUCCACCUAGAGACAGCACAAGCGCAUUCCUUCCAUGACUCAAGAAGUCCAAAACAACUCGAUCGAGUAUCAUACGUAUUGCUUUCAAUUUGAUUACAUGGAUGUUGCAGUAGGAUAUCUCAUUGUCGUGUUUUUUAACACUAGGACCCUAAUCUGACUGCCUCAGGAUGUAUUAUGAAUGCAAAUUAAUCGAAAAAAAACUUUGUAUUAGAAUCAGAAAUGAUGAUAGUUCAAGAGUAACACUACGAAACAAAUUUCUCCAAACGGAAGAGAAGAUAGACAUCAAAUAAUUUUAUACAUCUAUCCUACAAAGCACGGACCAAUGGCUUCAUUCCCUAACCCCAACCCUGGGUGGAGGGUGGGGGAUAACACAUCUCAACUCACCGGUUCCAACCAGGUGAAUGUCCUUGGAUCAGUUCUUGGCAACAU